UGGACGUUUAGAAAUGUUUCAAAGUGUUUGAAGGAUGUGCGCCGCGCGCAAAACAAUGUUAACGAGCCAGAAGCGGUGCGGAGGGAGGGGACGGAAGGGGACGCGCGUAUAAAGGGAGCGCUGGACAGCGGCGGGACGCCAGUGCGCGCGCUCACCGCCCGGAGUCUCGGCGGGACGGGGACCGGGACCAGCAGCAGGACCACCACUGAGAGCAGAACCAGCCAGGACCAGGACCGGCACCGACACCAUCAAGACCACCCACUAAGAGACCACCAGCAGAGCGGUGCUGAAGGCCGGGGAGUGGUCGUGCAGGUAGCUGGCACCUUGCCAUGUGACCAGCGAUGCUCGUUCAGUCCUUGAUCGGAGGAUGAAUCCUGGGUUCACGAACAGGCCUCACAAACCAAGAGCCAAAUCAGUAACUGAACUGUUACCCCAUCAAGGUAACAGGGACCCCGUUCAUCUCCCAUGAGUGCUUUGGUUGAUCACCUGAGAAUGUCUGAAUCUGACUUCCAGAAACUGCAGCAGUUCAACAGCACCCUGCACCGCUGCUAUGCAGACCCCACUUGCAACCACACACAGCUGACCUACCACAACAUCACCAGCUUGCACGACCUGAACCUUCCCGGGGACGGAUCCCCGUUGCUGCGGACAGUGGUGUCGCUGGUUUACUGUUCUGUGUGCGCCAUGGGCCUGAUGGGGAACUCGCUGGUGCUGUACCUCCUCCAGUCUAGCAGAAGCACGACUAAAGGCACCAUCAACUUCUUUGUUUUCAACCUGGCCAUCGCUGACCUUCUCUUCUCCAUGGUCCUGCCCUUCUGGGCAGCGGACGUUGCGAUGGACUACAGCUGGCCCUUUGGGUGGUGCAUGUGCAAGGUGGUGUCCUUCUUGACGGCUUUGAACAUUUACGCGAGCGCCUUCUUCCUGACCACCAUGAGCGUGACACGUUACUGCUCGGUGGCCAAAGCCCUCAAGCUGGUUCAACCGGCAUGGCAGAGGACAUACAUGGCGUGGCUGGUUACAGGCCUGAUCUGGCUGGGGGCCAUACUUGCAGCAGUCCCCCUUGCCAUCUUUGCAAAGGUGGCCAAAGUGGGGGUGGACCACGCUUGCCUCCUCCGCUUCCCAGAGGGCACCUUCUGGCUGGCUCUCCAGCACCUAUCAAGGAUCAUCCUGGGCUUCCUGAUCCCAUAUAUCAUUAUCACCCUCUCCUACAUCCUGCUCUUGCGCUUCCUCUGCAAACACCCACUGAAUGGAGUCAAAUGUCGCCGACAGACCAGGGUUUCCAAAUCGGUGGCUGUUAUGGUCCUGUCAUUCUGCGUCUGCUGGUUCCCUAACAAUGUCAUCACUUGCUGGAUGGUCCUGGUCAAGCUGGACCUUGUGGAGUUGACCUACUCGUACUACUUCACCCACACCUACGUCUUCCCCUUGACCACCUGCUUAGCUCAUGUAAACAGUUGCUUGAACCCGGUCAUCUACUGCCUGAUGCGCAAGGAGUACCGCCAGGGGCUCAGGAACCUGCUGUGGAAGUCCAGCUUCUCGUCCCUGUCCAAGGUGUGUCUUUCGGCGAUGAGCUACAGCAACGUUCAAACCCAGGAGGACCGCUACGCCAUUCCGCUGAACUACGUGGAAAGCCAAACCGCCCAGUCUAGCAAGAGGUCCACGCUGCCGUCCACAGCGCUCUCCGUGGGCCCAAGUCCGAGAAGCUCCUGUCCUCUGAGCGACUAGAGGACUAAGGACGGACAGAUUGCAUGUUCGUGGGAAAACGAGGUGUACCAGCAAGUAACCCAAAUACAGCACCAGCGAAAAGUCUGGGUACCCUUUCUGGCCACCCUUUGCUUCUCAUCUUCCCAAACAGAGGAACUCCAGCUCUUCACAAGCACAGCAACUUACAAAGUUGUCACCGAUUUCAGCCGCGUUCGUUUCACAUUCUCGAUGUUUAACGCAUCAGCAACAGUCACGCACUUUGUGCCAUAUGGCUGCUGAUUUCUGCGUCUCGCCAGCAACAAAGUUCUAGAAGGAGUAGGCAGAAUUAUUCAUGGCGGAUGUAUUAAUCAGUUCCGUAUUUUAUUAACGAGAACAGUGCAUUGUGAAAUCGGCAGUGUUGAAUGAACGCUGUGGGGAGUUCGUUUUGACCCCAUAGCGACCGCGGAUCUCUGGGAGGGUCUAUAUGAAAGUGUUUUCAGCGAGAUGACAGGUUGGUUUCCUUGUAUAGACACGUCACUCAGAGAACUACUCCUCUCUCCCCUUACAGAGAAGAGAAUGUUCUAGAAGCUCUCAUAAUGAGAGGCAAUGCAUUGAACUUUCUUUAACCUCUUAUUAGUCUUUCUGCUCUCAGGCCUUUCGUUCUGUCGCACAUGUUUUUGGUGCCAUAUCUCUAUAUAAAGUCACCAAGGGCCAAUAUCCCGGAGAGGAGCACAUCCAGAAUUAUACAUCCACACCCUUGUCUGCUGCUAGUAAUUAUUUUUUCUCCCAGAAGGCCGAUGUCCUCGUUAUUGUCUUAUUUAUGUGGCACGGGAAGGGAUGAUGUCAUGAAGACGGAGGCUUCUCAGUGCAGUCGGGGGAGAGAAAUGUGCUCGGUGAUGGGAGCGUGGACUUUCCCGAACGGGUCUUACAAUGGGACUUGAAGGGAGUAUUUAUGAGCGCUCCUUCUGCCUGAGAGGGUAAACAAACGCCGGGCACGACUUGGCACCAGCGGAGACUCCAGCAGCUGUAAACCUGCAUGUCCUCGUCACUCGAGGAGACGGGCAAAGUUCUGCUGUAAAAAUAACAAUGGAGCGGGACACCCGCCACCACUCUUUUAUGGCCUCCAGCUUGCAGCCAGCGCAUAAUUUUCCAUGCCAUUAGGACUUUUGUGAAUUUGGCCAAAUUUUAGGUCACCUGAGCUGCCCUUUUGCACUCUUCACACACGGUGUUUGUAUUAGGAGCCUGUUUGUACAGGACGUUCGGCUCGGUUACACUUCUUACCACGGUCCUUUGUGGAGAGCAUUCUGGUUGUGUCUGUAAGCCAAGCUGAUGCAUAGAGUGCAUAGAAAUAUAUAUGUACAUAACAGAAAAGGAGAUGUCAGUCACGUCACAAUAUGCGUGAUUGACAAACUUAUGCGUUAUGUGCAAAAAA